AUGGACAGAGCUGUGGGUCUCUUCUCUUUCUUAGGCGGUGCCCAACGGAUCGUUACAAGGACCAAUGCCUACGACAGAUUGAAGUGGCACGAAAACCGGGGCAUGUUGAUUCUGUACUUCUUCAUCUCCAUCAUUUUCGUCGGACAAAUCUUGAAUGGAUAUGAUGGAACUAUCCUUUCCGGCCUUCAGGCUCUUGAUAAAUGGAACGAAGAUCUAGGAUAUCCAAUUUCGAGCGGCAUUGGUAUACUAAACGCGAUUUCCUAUAUGACCGGAAUAUGUGCCGGCCCCGUAGCCUCUGUUAUUGCCGACAAGUGGGGGCGCCGAUGGUGCCUACGUCUUUAUGGCAUCACAAUGUGUGUUGGCACCGUCCUUGGAUGUCUUGCUGGCCUCGAGACCGUGAACGGAUUCGCGCUGUUUGUCAUUUCCAAGGGUAUCAUUGGACUGGCGUCAUUUAUGAUGACCGGGCAGAUCGUUCUUCAGGAAAUCACACAUCCGAGAAACCGGCCAGUUAUUGCUGCCCUCCUUUGUCAAAACUCUUAUAGCCUUGACAUAGCCGUCAACUGGACAAUCGGUGUUGUCAUGGCAUCGUGGACGGUUUUCGGAACGUCGCAUAUCUCAAGUUCUUGGUCUUGGCGUGUCCCGUAUAUGAUUCAGUUGCUUCCUGCUGCGUACAUCCUAACUGCAGUUCAAUUCCUUCCGGAGACUCCGCGAUUCUUGAUUGCGCAAGGACGAGAGGAUGACGCGAAAGAUUUUCUUAUAAGGUACCACGCUAAUGGGGAUGCUAAAGAUGAGCUGAUCCAACUCGAGUUCGAAGAAAUGAAAGCGUCUAUUGAGCUCGAAAAGGCAGCUCGGGCGGAAAAAUGGAGUAAUAUACUAGCGAUGAAGGGUAACAAGCACCGCCUCUUCCUUGCGGGUCUCAUGACCUUCCUCCCUCAAAUGAAUAGCUCGGCGAUCUUCGACUUUUACUAUACUGUGGUCCUCAAGUUGGUCGGAAUCACGAAGGAUUCCACCAUUACAGGAAUCGCUUCUGGCUUGAGCAUGUCCAGCCUUGUCGCUCAAGUCGCAGGCGUUUUAACACUCAAGCGCUGCCGUCGCCGCCCAAUGGUUCUGUACACAUGGCCGUACAUAAUCGUCUGUCUCGUCGGAAUGACAACCUGCGGGGCAAUGUUUGAAAAGAGCAAUGAGACUAACAGGCAUGCUGGUAUUGCAUCCGUUGCGAUGGUCUGGCUCGUGAAGAUCCCGAGCGGGUUCACGACUCCUUUGUUUUAUUCCUAUCCUGCGGAAAUCCUGACGUAUAGUAUUCGUGGAAAGGGUAUGGCGGUGUGGAAUACAGUUAAUCAGGCCUUGGGAUGUUACAGUGCGUACGUCAACUCGGUUGCUCUGGAUGCGAUGGGCUGGAAAUAUUACUGUGUCUAUAUCCCUAUCCUAUGUGUUCAAUGGGUUCUUGCCUACCUGUUCAUGGUGGAGACCUACGGGUAUACGCUAGAAGAAAUUGCGACCAGUCUUUGA